CAACAACAACAACAAACUAAAUCUACAAAUAAUACUAAAGAAAUUCCACGUCGUUAUUCACGUUUACGAACAAUAUCAAAUAAACAAGAUAAAGAACAACAAGAAUCUGAUCUACGUCGUUGUCGUAGUUUAUCAAGAAUUCGAACAGUUAAAAAAUCGGCUAUAUCAGGACCAAUUAAUUUUCAACAUAUAAAUCAUAUAAGUGGUGGUUGUAAUCAAGAACGUCCAUUAUCAAGUACAGUAACCUUACGUUCUUUACAUGCAUCAAUGUCACAUUUACCAACAAAUGGUACAUUAACUGAUCGACAUUCUAAACAGAGCAAAAUUCGUGCUUCUACUGUGUUUGAACCACGAACAACAGCAGUUUAA